AUGGAAAAUAUUCCACUUAUUUUAUUAAUUUUAAUACCUAUUGUUUACUCCAAUGAUGGAUUAUUGAAUUACAAUGAAAAUUGGAAUAACGAAUCCAUUAGAAGCACUAAUCCAUACAUGAAAUUUAAAAGAGAGAGACACGAUUUGCUUGAUUUUUAUACUGGAUUUCCAAGUGAUAUUGAAUUAGAAGAUGAUAAUGAGUCAGAAGCUAUAGAUUAUGCUCAUUUGAACAAUGCUUAUAGAAUAUCUAUGGAAGUUAAACUUAAAUUUGAUUUUCCUUUUUAUGGACAUAAACUUCAAAAGUUAACAAUUGGUGUAGGUGGAUUUAUUUAUGUUGGUGAUCAAACACAUUCUUGGCUAGCAGCUACACAGUUUUUUUACAAAACUUUAAUUUCGUUCUUAAAUAAAUCGCUUUAA